AUGUGGUUGUUCAUCACAGUGGUGCUGGCCUUUGUGGGGCUGGCGGUCUGGCUGCGCGAGCGAGCUCGCAUGCGAUUUCCAGGCGGAUCACGGGACAUCCUGCUUCAUAUGACAGGAUGGCUGCAGGGGCUGCGAACGGAGGUGAUUCAGGGAGAUGUGGCGCGCGCCCACCACGUCCUCGUGUCCAAGGGCAGCGAUAAAGGGCGCGUGAUUGAGGAAAACAUGAUGCUGCCCGUCUGGACGGACGGGUGCAGCAUCGAGUCGUGCAACGGUCGCGUUUGGCGCACCGUCCGCCACAGUUAUGAUCAUUUCGUGCGCCAACUCCCUCCCAUCGAGGAUCUCGAGACCUACUGCCUCCAACACACACCCUCCAUCACCGCCGAUGCCGGCGUCCUCGACUCCCCGGGCAUUGCACGCACCGUGCUUGCCGCCUUUGGCCAGCACCUCUUUGCCGACGCCUGCACACCACAGCAUCUGGAUGUGAUUGAGGCCUGUAGCUGGGACAUUCGCGCACACGUGGCCAUGCGCACCAAUGGUCACGACGACCUCAAACGCGCCUGCAACCGCACCAUCAUCAAUCUGCUCGAGCAGAGCGCCUUUGAAUCGCCCCCCGACCUACCCGGCUGGCAACACCCCCUGGCUUUUAGUGCCGUCAUGCAGCCCUUCUUCAUUUCUCCAUCGGUCAACUUUGUGGACAUUGUCAUUGCCCUGGAUAACUUGUGUGACCUCCGGGCCAAAUCCGUCCACUGGCGCAAACAGGGCUACGGGCGCGCCAAGAUGGACAUUGUGGCGCAUCUCGUCGAAAGCAUCCGCAUCCGCCAUCCCUUCCCGAUGCUUGAACGACUGCAUGGUGACACCCAAUACUUUAUCGCCCUCGACUCUUUCUUUGCUCCCGGCCACCCGCAAGCCGCCUUCAACCCAACCCAGUGGCAUGCCGAAGGCAUGUACCAAGAUCCCUUGCACAGCCUCAUCUUUGGCGCUGGCCCACGCAAGUGUCCUGGACGCACCAUCGCCUGGGCCAGCCUCCCCGCCCUCCUCUACCGUUGGCUCGAGCUGGAAGCGGCCGGCCACCUCACUUGGCGCCCCGCUGACCGCCACCGCUUCUCUGGCCGUGACCUCGACAACGCACCCACACCCAUGGCCGAAAGCCUCCAUGCUGCCGGCCGCAUCGUGAGCUGCCUUGCCAACCUCGCCUUUGAAACAAGGCGCCCAGAGUACACGGAUGCGCCCCCAGCCACCCCCCUUGCCACCCUUCGAUCUCGACGCCCCAACGAGUAG